CGCCAUGAGCGUGCCGGAGGUGGAGGCGAUCGUCUCCCAGAAGUACGAGAUCAAGAGGCGCCUGGGCAAGGGGGCUUAUGGCAUUGUAUGGAAAGCAAUCGAUCGCAGGACAGGAGAAAUAGUUGCUGUUAAAAAGAUUUUUGAUGCUUUCAGGAACAGAACAGAUGCUCAGAGAACAUUUCGAGAGAUUAUGUUCCUGCAGGAAUUUGGAGAACAUCCAAAUAUCAUCAAGCUGCUUGAUGUUAUCCGAGCUCAGAACGACAAGGACAUCUACCUCAUCUUUGAGUCCAUGGAGACAGAUUUACAUGCUGUGAUUAAGAAGGGGAAUUUGCUGAAAGAUAUCCACAAGUGUUACAUUCUCUACCAACUCCUGAAGGCAACUAAGUUCAUCCACUCAGGAAAUGUUAUUCACAGAGAUCAGAAGCCUUCAAAUAUCUUGCUGGAUGCAGACUGCUUUGUUAAACUUUGUGAUUUUGGGCUGGCCCGUUCUUUAUGUCAGAUGACUGAGGACCAAGGGAACCCUGCUCUAACGGAAUACGUGGCAACACGCUGGUACCGAGCCCCUGAGAUCUUACUUUCCUCUCGGAGUUACACUAAAGGUGUAGACAUGUGGAGCAUUGGCUGUAUUCUGGGAGAGCUGCUACUUGGGAAACCUCUUUUUCCUGGAACAUCAACAGUGAAUCAAAUAGAGCAGAUCUUGAGGGUCAUUCCUGCCCCAUCCCCAGAAGAUAUUUUGGCUAUGCAAUCAGAUUACAGGUCCUCAGUUAUUAACCGCAUGAGUUCCCGGCAACGAGUAACAUUUGAGGAGAUUUUACCAUCCUCUACUCCAUUGCCUGCAUUGGAUCUUCUGAAGAAACUUUUAGUAUUUAACCCUGAUAAACGACUCACAGCAGAGGAGGCUCUGCAGCAUCCUUAUGUGAAAAGGUUUCACUGUCCUGCCAGGGAGCCCUCUCUGGAUUAUGAUGUGAUUCUUCCUUUAGGUGAUGAUAUCCAGCUGUCUGUGGCAGAAUAUCGAAAUAAAUUAUAUGAGAUGAUCCUUGAAAAGAAAUUAAAUAGCCAUCCAAAGGAGCAAGUGUGGAGAGAAAACAUUCCGCUAAGUCAGUCUGAAUCCAGGCCACUUCUUCCAAAUUCCAGUUCUGUUACUUUACCUACCAGGAAAGGCCAGAGGGAACGAACACCGCCUCUUCUGAAAACUUCGCAUGUGCAUGCUGGAAUUACAACUAGCGUUCAGCCAGAAGUAUCCAGCUGGAGUGAAGAUUUAGCAAGAACUUUAUGUCAGAGAUCAAAGAUCAAUGUGAUAUACAAUCCCAUAACACACACUGCUGUUCAAAGUAAUGCAAAUUCUGGUGCUGUGAUCAGGAAUUGUUCUGCAUCACCUUCUCAACAGGCCAGAAUCUCCAACAAUAGGAAACUGAGGAGACAAACCACAUGGGCAAAUGCAAAUGCUCAGCUACCUCCUACAAGUGUACAGAACCUUUAUAAUAAUCCAAGAAAUACUCAAUUGCACAGCAAAGAUGUUCAUCCCCUUCUGAAGUCCAGUAAAAAGAUGUUCCAGAUUACUGCAAAUAUGGGAGCUGCUGGUGAUCCGAAAGCAUCAAUGGGUAGUUACUCCCAGGCCUAUGGAACCAUAUGUAAAUCCGCACUGCAGAGUCUUCCAAUAUCAAAUUCUUCCCAACAGCAUGAGCAGUGAAUAUGGAAGUGUUCUAACCAGAAAUGAAGUUCAGGAAGAACCCGAAGAUCUCAUACUUUUGUCUGGAUUGUGUGACAACUUGUUUGCAGCAGCAGUUGUAAUUCUGAG